AUGACCACAAACGCCAUUCGCUUUGUUCGCGGCAUUGCUCUCGUCGCAGCUUUGGCGCAGCCCCUGCUCGCCAAAGACAUGUAUCUGGACUGUGGGUCGGCUACAUCAGGCGACGGAAGCAGAUCGCGUCCUUUUUCGACCCUCGCCAGUGCGAACAACGCUGUCUUGAGCCCCGGAGACUCACUGAAAGUCAAAUCUGGGACUAUUUGUGCCGGAACACUGUCGCCAAAGGGCAGUGGCACCCAGCACAGUCCUAUUACCUUGACAAGCUACGGAGGCGGGCCACUACCUAUCAUCAAUGGCUCCGGGGCGGCUGAGGCAGUGAGUUUGACGAAUCAGAAUUAUUGGGAUAUCUCAAAUAUUGCCAUAAUCAACCCCGCAUCCUCCGUCGCUUGGAGGCGUGGCAUCGUUGGGACUUCAAGUGAUGGGACAGUCCACCACGGCCUCUAUAUCCAUGGCAUUACUGUCUACAAUGUUGCCGGGCAAACAAACAAAGCGACCCAGUCCGCUGCAUUUAUUGCUUCUGGCGGUAUCCUCGUGAAUGGAACCGAGAACCUCAGUCGCUAUGAUGACGUGCAAAUCUACAACAAUACUAUAUAUGAUUGCGGCGGUGGGGGUAUCAAAGUUCGCGUUGGUCAAAUGGACAACCGUGGCAAGGGCACACACGUUUGGGGCAACGAAAUAUCGAACGUCGGUGGUGACGGCGUUGUUGUCUCAUACGGCGAGUCACCCAUCAUCGAACGGAACAAAGCUGGGUUCCUUGGUCAUGGCAAAUACCCAUGGACUGGGGGAAAUUUCGCUGGCAUCUGGGUGCUGGGGUGUCAAGACGCAGUCAUGCGAUUCAAUGUCGUUCACGAUUCACUCAUGUCAGAUAUAGACAGCGAGGCAUUUGACUGUGACUGGGGCAACGAAGGCACGUGUACAGUGGAAUAUAACUACAGUCAUGACAACGCAGGGGGUAUAUUCCUAAAUUGCGAUGGCUGUGGAACUCCCGGUGGCGCACGACAGAUUGUUCGAUACAAUGUGUUCCAGAAUGACUGUCGAAUGUACAGCAAUGGUGAUAACGUGCAGCUUGACUUUUACAACAAUGUCGUCUACUGUCCACAGAAAGAUUUCGAAAUCGCAGUUCCCCCACACACAAACAUGUCGAAUAAUAUUUGGGUGGGAACCGCAAACUCGACUCUGCCGAAAGGAGACGGGAUUGAAUGGACCGCGAACCUGUUUCAGACAGUGCCGAAGCCAGUGGAAACUGCCGGCAGCACGGGAGAUCCUCGAUUUUUGAGUCCCGGUAAGGGUCAAGAUACUCUCGAGUCGGCAGAUGGGUAUAGGCUUCAGAAUGGGAGUCCUGCAUUGCGCCUGGGUGUUGUAAUCACUGAUAACGGAGGUCGAGACUUUUGGAAUAACCAGGUCUCCCAAUCGAAGCGACCGAACACCGGUGCCUAUAAUGGCAGGGGGUUGUAG